AUGGCUUCCUUGCAAGAUGACUUGGCCAAGCUGCUGCAGCCCCUCUCUCCACGGGAACGGCAGCAUCUUGAGUCAAGGUGCCUGUCAUCCCAUCCUCUGGACCUGCUCUCCGUGUUGGAGACCAGCCCUCCGAAUCAGCUGGCCAGUGUCUUGCUGAGGAGACGGAUGCAGGAAUGCUGGCCUACGUUGGCCGUGUCAGACCGGAUGUUUCUGCAAGCUCGUCUUCUGCACGCAAUGGAAUAUCCGUCGAGCGAUUCUGCGGUAAAGAUCGUAGCAGACUGCGUUGCCGGUGUAGCUUGCAAUCUUGCAGCAGAGGGUGUCAUGUGGUUAGAACUGCUGCUGUGGAUCAGAAAGGUAGCCGCCAAAGGUGAGCGGCCACUGGCUGCGGCCUGUCUGCAACUUUAUGGCGUCAUGUGCCUCCUCGGCGGACUCUUGGUCUCACCUCCGUGGCAAAAUCUUCUCGAGCCCCAUCUAUUGGAGCUCUGUGGGGCCUGCGUGAUCUGCAUCUCUGUAAUGAAGGAAGGUGACGCACAGUCUCAGCCGGUUCCUGCGGUUCAUGCGGAGCGUGCCAUCGAAUGCCUUGGGAGCCUUGCUGCAAUCGUCAGGGGCGAGGAAGCCGCGCGCCUCUUUCAUCACCAGGUUGUCGGACUGCUUGUCAGUGACCCUGUUCUGGGAAGCGAGUUCUGUGAUGCUGCCUUGGAAGCAUUAUCUCGAGCGGCAGCGGCCGACGAGCUCCUUAUCGCAGAUGCAUCCUUCUAUGCCAUGCCGGGCCAACCACCUUCGGAGCUCUGCAGAGUCGUCCAACUUGCCCUCACGGCCUCGGUCACGCAGCGAGGGCAGCGGCGUCUCAGAGCACUGCGUUUGCUCCACAGCAUCGCUGACUCGCACUCCCGGCUGCUUUGCGUGCAGGCUGAGGGUCAGCUGUCGGCAGAGAAGGUCUUGGGGACUUUGGUGGAACUUGUGGCGCCGGACGAGGUGCGAGCCCAGGCCCAGGCAAGCUGUGACUCAAACGAAGGGCAUCUUGUCAGCAACUCGGCACAGAGCACGGCCGAGUACGCGCUGCUCACGCGGAUCUCCAAGCGGAUGCCGGACAAGAUGGUCCUGCCAAUCAUUUACCGCAGCGCAUGUCGGACCUUGAUGGGCUCCGACUUGCCCGCCAAACUUGCGGCGCUCGCAAGUCUGCGGGCAGUAUUACCAGGGUGCACUUCGGGUGUGAAGAAGCAGCUACAUCGUAUUUCUAGACUUGUGUUGCGAGCUUUGGCACAACCAGCCCUGCACGUGGUGGCCUUUGCGUUGGUUGCUGAUCUGUGUGCUUUAAUCCCUGCUGAGACACGCUGCGGCUCAGCAAGGCUCACAGAGAGACUGCUUCCUCCUCUUCUUCAGCAGCUGCAAUAUUUGCAGCUUCGUGACCCUGCCUUUCCGCAUGCACUGGCCGCGCUUGAGGCCGCUUGCCCCAGAUCAGCAUGUGGGAGGCUGCUGCCUGCAUUUCGGCCACCCCAGAGCGGUGUGGCGGUGCUGAUGUGGGCCUGUGAAAAGUUGGGAGAGCUUGGGGAGCUUCAGCAAGAUGCUCUGGAACCCCAGCUGGCAGACAGCAUUGCAAAGAGGCUUUGCACUUUGAUCAGUGUACUUGCCAUGAGACAGCACUCCACACGACACACAGCUGAAAGCCUGAAGACAGCCGGACGAAAAAUGGUAACCGUGCUGCAGCAAAUGCUGACCAGCGCGCACAGCGUAGAGGCACGCUCUGCGGCACUGGAAGCUUCGGGGACUUGGAUCAAAUUGAUGGCUGAUACAGGAUCCAGGCGUCCAGAGUUUCUGAAGACCUGCUUGCAAGCUGUGGAGAAUGGCUUGCGCGACGAAUGCGACUCAUUAUCUUCUGGGGUGUCGGCCGAAGCAUCAGUGCGUUUCUGCGUUGCGCUUGGGCCACUGGCACCUUCACCGGGGGCUGUCGCGGUGGCUGGCUUGGAAUGCUGCGCCCGACGACCUCGACCUGACUUGCUGCGGGCGCUUGCUGCUCUCGUGGCAUCUACGCAGUGUCUGCACUCCGUGUUUGGUGACCUGGCCUCGCCGGAGUGGAGUCGAUUGGCACAGCUCCUGAGCGGUUUCCUCGAGCAGCGGGAGUUGCGAGGGGCGACUGCCGAGCUGUCGAGGCACGUGCCGCUCUGCAAGGAGAGGCCGGAGGUGUUCCGAAGCCUUUGCACCGCCGCUGCUCACAUGGCGGCAGCGCAGGAGGAGCCCUCGCAAGAGCUCGGUGAGGCGAUGCAAAUGCUGAGGGAGGCGGCCAAGACGCGACGAAGUGCACCCACGCGGGCAACGGCUUUGCAAAGCUCAGACGAGGACUCAUCCGUGACGUCGGAUUGCCCCUCGAGUGCUUCCGACGAGAGUGCUCCCACUGUGGCCUCCACUGCAGAUUUGGAAGGCCCAGGUGCUGGCCAGGCCUUGCAGCUGCUCUGCCGGACCUUGGGCCUGACAUAG